GUUCAGAAACAGCUCAUUUUCAAGAAAAUGAAGAAGGGUGUUCUGUUUUGGGUCCUCUCAGUCAUUGUAGCAGCAACUGUUUGCUCUCAUUGUUCUCUUGCUCUCACCCAAGAUGGUCUUAUACUGCUGGAAAUGAAAAGCGUUUUGAAUGACAGUAGGAACAUGCUCAGUAACUGGCAGGAUUCUGAUGAAUCACCUUGUAAUUGGACUGGUAUUUCUUGCCAUCCUCAGGACCAAAGAGUCAGCGCAAUUAACCUACCCUAUAUGGAACUAGGAGGGACUAUAUCUCCCAGCAUUGGCAAACUCAGUAGAUUGCAGAGACUGGCGCUUCACCAGAACAGCUUACACGGAUUCAUUCCUAAUGAAAUUGCCAGAUGUGCUGAGCUUAGAGCUUUGUACUUGAGGGCUAAUUAUCUGCAAGGAGGCAUACCAUCAGAUAUUGGAAACCUUUCUGCUCUAACCAUAUUGGAUAUAUCAAGUAAUUUAUUAAAGGGUGCAAUACCUUCAUCUAUCGGCCGCUUAUCACGACUCCGCUCUCUGAACUUGUCCACUAACUUCUUCUCCGGGGAAAUCCCAGAUGUUGGAGUUCUGAGCAACUUUGGGAAUAAGUCGUUUAUUGGGAAUCUUGAUCUUUGUGGCCAACAAGUGCACAAGCCCUGUCGAACCUCACUGGGAUUUCCUGCUGUGUUGCCUCAUGCGGCAAGUGAUGAAUCAGCAGCCCCUCCCAAGCGAUCUUCACAUUACAUUAAGGGAUUGCUUAUUGGUGUCAUGUCCACCAUGGCAGUUGCACUCUUCAUUCUCCUUGGCUUCCUUUGGGCUCGGUUACUAUCGAAAAAGGAAAGAGUGGCCAAGAAGUAUACAGAAGUUACAAAGCAAGUGAAUCAAGAAGCAGGCACAAAACUUAUCACAUUCCAUGGAGAUCUGCCCUACCCUUCAUGCGAGAUUAUUGACAAAUUAGAGUCACUUGAUGAAGAGGAUGUUGUAGGAUCAGGAGGGUUUGGCACUGUGUACCGAAUGGUCAUGAAUGAUUGUGGAACAUUUGCUGUAAAAAGAAUUGACAGAAGUCGGGAAGGAUCAGAUCAAUGUUUCGAGAGGGAGUUAGAGAUCUUGGGUAGCAUUAAGCAUAUAAAUCUAGUUAACUUGCGAGGCUACUGCAGGCUCCCUACUUCAAAGCUUCUUAUAUAUGAUUAUGUAGCUAUGGGGAGCUUAGAUGAUUUCUUGCAUGGAGAUGGGCAGGAAGAGCGACCUCUGAAUUGGAGUGUCCGUUUAAGAAUAGCUCUUGGUUCUGCCAGAGGGAUAGCGUACCUACACCAUGAUUGCUGUCCAAAGAUAGUGCACCGUGACAUAAAAUCUAGCAACAUUCUGCUUGAUGAAAACUUGGAGCCCCAUGUCUCGGACUUUGGUCUUGCAAAGCUUUUGGUUGAUGAGGAUGCCCAUGUUACCACAGUGGUUGCUGGCACUUUUGGCUAUCUUGCACCAGAGUAUUUGCAAAGCGGGAGAGCAACACAGAAGUCAGAUGUAUAUAGCUUUGGAGUUCUUUUGCUUGAGCUUGUGACUGGAAAGAGACCUACUGAUCCAACAUUUGUCCAGAAAGGCUUAAAUGUAGUUGGUUGGAUGAACACGCUAUUGAGGGAGAACCGAAUGAAAGACUUUGUUGACAAGCGGUGCAGAGAUGCAGAUCCCGAAAGUGUGGAAGCAAUUCUUGAAAUAGCUGCAAGGUGCACAGAUGCAAAUCCAGAUGAUAGGCCAUCAAUGAAUCAGGUAUUACAGUUGCUAGAGCAAGAAGUCAUGUCACCUUGCCCAAGUGAUUUCUACGACUCCCACUCAGAUCAUUGUUGAGUACGAAGAAAAGGCUGCCCCGUAGAUUAUGUGAUGUUCUCGUUGCUCCUCUCUAGGGG